AUGGCUCAGCAAAAGUCACCUUUCAUACUUGUUCCUCUGUACAUAUACCCGACUCCGACGUCCUGGGAACCUCUUUUCUUGGCGGCGAAGUCGUGCCCGGAUUUGGAAUUCUUGGUUGUGGUGAACCCGGGUAAUGGACCCGGACCUGAAGCGAUGCCUGAUGUGAACUACCUUGACGCUUUGGGAAAGCUGUCCAUGAUCCCGAAUGCCAAGGUCAUUGGCUAUGUGCACUGCAGCUACGGCAAACGGGCGACCACGGCUAUCGAGAAAGAUAUCCUAACAUAUCAAGGCUGGAAAAUCAAGGACGGCAUCAGUCAUAUUCGCAUGGAAGGCAUUUUCUUUGACGAAGUUCCAUCCAGUACUGUCUAUGUCCAGUACAUGGCGAAUCUGUCCCGAGCCGUGAGGAAAGCCCUGGAGUCGUCUGACGGCGAAGCUGGUCGAAACAGCACAGUGAUUUACAAUCCUGGUGUCGUAAUUGAUCCUGCUUUCUAUCAAACAGCCGACUUUGUUGUGGCCUUCGAGAAUCAGGCCACGCAAUGGGACUCAACCGUCGUACGAGGAGCCAUGGCUGCGCUUCCUACUACCUUACGGGCCAAGUCUGUGGCCAUCGCGCACAGCUCUCCUAACCUGCAUGACGCCUUACAACUCGCCGAGAAGGUCCAUCGUGAGGGGUUUGUAGGUCAAUUCAUCACCACCCAGCCCGGAUAUACGGCAUGGUGCCUGAAAUGGGAUGCAUACGUCCAGAAGGUUCGAGGGCUUACUGGACAUGAGCAAUAG